AUGGUCGCGGGCGGCAGCGGUAAAGAGUUUGAGGCGUUCUCAAAGCGUAGAGCUCAAUUCUCUGGGCCACCCGGUGUCAAGGGUCUGAUCCAGAAUGGAAAUGUAUUUGCAAUUUCAGUUUUCGCGUCGCUUGGGGGACUGGUCUAUGGAUACAAUCAGGGUAUGUUCGGGCAAAUCUUGAGCAUGCCAUCAUUUGCGAAUACUGUCCACCCGGAACAAAUAAAGAAUCCAACCGCUAGAGGUAUUCUUGAGCUCGGAGCCUGGGUCGGUGUUCUCCUCAAUGGCUAUCUCGCAGACGCCUUGGGCAGAAAACGUGCUUGCGUACUCGCUACAAUUGUCUUUUGUAUCGGCGUGAUAGUCCAAGCAUGCGCAAAGAAUGUCGACUAUAUCCUCAGCGGUCGGUUUAUCACCGGUUUAGGCGUUGGUUCUCUAUCUAUGGUGGUGCCACUUUACAAUGCCGAACUUUCACCUCCAGAACUUCGAGGUGCGCUUGUCAGUUUACAGCAGCUCGCCAUCACUUUCGGCAUCAUGAUAAGUUACUGGAUUGGGUACGGAACCAAUUUUAUUGGUGGAACUGAAGAAGGCCAAUCUGAUGCUGCUUGGUUGAUCCCAAUCUGUAUCCAGCUUGUUCCCGCCAUCGUGCUGGGUAUCGGUAUUAUGUUCAUGCCGCAAUCCCCUCGUUGGCUCAUGAAGAAAGGAAUGGACCAACAAUGCCUGGAAGUUCUUGCAAAGCUUCGUCGCCGGCCAGAAACAGACGAACUUGUCCGGAUAGAAUAUCUCGAAGUUAAAGCUCAACAUUUAUUUGAAGUUCGAACGUCCGAAGCAAACUUCCCACAGUACCAGCACGGAACCUUCAAAGACAACUUCUUGUUAGGCUUCCACGAAUAUAUGAGCUUCUUUAGGAACAAGUCUUUGUUCAAACGAGUGAAUGUCGCAAUCUGGAUUAUGAUCUUCCAGCAAUGGUCUGGCAUCAACGCCAUUCUUUAUUAUGCGUCUUUCAUUUUCAAGGAUCUGGGAUUAACCGGAAAUACCACUUCUCUGUUGGCAUCUGGUGUUGGUGGUAUUGCUAUGUUUUUGGCUACUAUCCCUGCUGUACUUUGGAUCGACCAGCUUGGUCGUAAACCAGUCCUUAUAACCGGGGCCAUCGGGAUGGCCAUUAGUCAUUUUAUUGUCGCUGGCCUCUUCGGAUCUUACGGAAAUGACUGGCCAAAUCAUCGCGCCGCUGGAUGGGUUGCUGUUGUCUUUGUAUGGAUAUAUGAGAUCCAUUUUGGAUAUUCAUGGGGUCCUGGCGCUUGGGUUCUUGUAUCCGAAGUUUUCCCUCUCGGUGUCAGAGCCAAGGGUAUUUCCAUCGGAGGCUCUUCUAACUGGCUAAACAAUUUUGCGAUCGGACAAGCUACUCCAGACAUGGUCGCCUCAACAAAAUACGGUACCUUUAUCUUCUUUGGUAUAAUCUGUACUAUCGCUGCCGGUUUCGUAUGGUGGUUUGUCCCUGAAACAAAGAAUCUCUCCCUCGAGGAGAUGGACGAAGUGUUCGGCGACGAGGCAGGAACGUCUGCUACAGACAGACAAAGACUAGAGGUUAUAUAUGCCGAGCUUGGAUUGAUACCAAAUGGUGAUGGCGCUUAUCAUAGCGAUGAAGUUCUGUCAGAAAAGGACCUUGAUGCUAAGCAUCAUGCCUAA